AUGUCAUCAGAAAAAGAGACAAAAACAUUUCCAUCAGAUGAACUUUUAAAAUUAGUUGAACUUUGGCUUAAAUGGGAUCAAUGUGAAUGGACAAGAAAAGAAAUCGAACAGCUUAAAAAUGAAUCAAAAUGGGAUGAUUUACAAGUUCGUUUAUCGCAUCGAAUUCAAUUUGGUACAGCUGGUCUUCGUGCUAAAAUGGGUAGUGGAUUUGCUUUAAUGAAUGAAUUAACUGUAAUUCAAGCAACACAAGGUCUUCUUCGUCAUAUUCAAUCAACAUUUAAAGAUAAUAAAGAAUCUCUUUCGGUUGUUAUCGGAUUUGAUGCUCGUCACCAAUCGAAAAAAUUUGCUUGUUUAGCUGCAUCUUUAUUUGCUCAUGAAAAAAUUCAUGUUUAUUUAUUUGAUUCAACAACAGUUCCAACACCAUUUAUUCCAUUUUCAAUUCAAAAAUUAAAAUGUCAAGCUGGACUUGUUGUUACAGCAAGUCAUAAUCCUAAAGAUGAUAAUGGUUAUAAAGUUUAUUGGGAAAAUGGUGCACAAAUUAUUUCACCAUUAGAUACUUAUAUUGCUCAUUCCAUUGAAAACAAUUUAGAACCAUGGAAAGGAAAAGCAUGGAAUUUAGAUAUUCUUCAGGAGAACAAUUCAACAUUGGUUUCUAAUCCAAUUGAAAAAAUUCGGGAUUUAUAUAUGAAAAAUUUAUUGAAUUUAUGUUAUUUUCCUGAAUUAAAUGAAAAAACCGAAUUAAAAUUUGUUUAUACACCUGUUCAUGGUGUUGGUCAAGUUUAUGCUGAACAAGCAUUUUCUACAUUUAAAUUUCGACCAUUUCUAUCAGUUGAUGAACAAAAAAAUCCCGAUCCUGAUUUUCCAACAGUUAAAUAUCCAAAUCCCGAAGAAGGAAAAGAAACACUUGAAUGUGCUAUUAGAGUAGCUAAUAAAAACAAUGCAGAUUUUAUUUUGGCAACUGAUCCAGAUGCUGAUCGAUUUGCAUUAGCCGAAAGAGAUACACAAGGAAUAAGUCAAUCGGGUUGGAAUAUUUUAUCAGGAAAUCAAUUAGGAGCUUUAUUAGGUUGGUGGCGUUGGUUUACUUGGCGUAAUCAAAAUCCAACAGUUGAUGUUAAAAAUGUUUAUAUGCUUUACUCAACUGUUUCAUCACAUAUACUUAAAUCAAUUGGUGAAGUUGAAGGUUUUAAUACAAUUGAUACAUUAACAGGUUUUAAAUGGCUUGGAAAUAAGUCUCAUGAAUUAUUCAAUAAUAAUAAACAUGUUAUUUUUGCUUUUGAAGAAGCUAUUGGAUUUAUGUGUGAUCCAAAAAAUGUAUUAGACAAAGAUGGAAUAUCAGCAAUGGUGAUUGGAGCUGAAAUGUGUACUUAUUUAAAAUCAAUUGGGCGAUCAUUAUAUGAACAAUUAAAUCAAAUCUCAUUACUCUAUGGUUAUCAUAUUAAUAAUAAUUCUUAUGUUAUUUGCAAUAAAACAGAUGUUAUGCUUAAAAUGUUUAAUCGUUUAAGACAUUAUGAUCAAAGAGAAGAUCAACUAAAACAGGAUCAUAGCCAAGCUCAUAAAAAUGAAGCACGUGAACCUGAAAUUCUUGUUCAAUAUUCUAAUAAAAUAAAAUCCCAUUUAAGUGCGAAUGAAAAUGAACAAUUAGAUACAAAAGAUGAAGAAUAUGUUUAUCCAAAAACAUGUGGCAAAUACAAUAUAACUGGUGUUAGAGAUUUAACUGUUGGAAUUGAAGCUGAUUUUGGAUGUCAAGGAAAAGAUAAAAAACCAACACUUCCUUGUUCAUCAUCGACACAAAUGAUAACAUUUUAUUUCGAUAAUGGUUGUGAAAUAACAAUACGUGCUAGUGGAACUGAACCAAAAAUAAAAUGGUAUUCUGAAAUACGAAAAAAAAUUGAAAAUAAACAAACAUCAGAGAAUAAUCCAACGGCUGAUGAUGAACAAUUUAGAAAAGAAACUAAACAAGAACUUGAUCAAUUAGUUGAGAUUGUUGUUGAAGAAUUUUUACAACCGAAGAAAAAUGAUCUUAUUCAGAGAAACAGCAGCUAA